AGUGAGCGACAGAGAGCGAGAGAGAGAGCGCGAGGACUCUGUAAGGAAAACAGUUUCCACCGCUCUGCAGCCUCUGAUAAGGCGCCAUCAAUAACAGGAUGCUGAUGCUGGACGGGAUGCCUGCAGUCAGAGUCAAAGCAGAGCCUCUGGAAUCUGAACGAGGGUCCCCAAAGGUGCGCAGCUACCCGGACAUGGAGACGGUCCCUCUGCUGUUGAGCAAAGUGAAGCCUGAGCCUCCAGAAGACCUGCUCUCCCCUGAGCAGUUUCACACGCAAACUGAGCCUGUGGACCUGUCCAUCAACAAAGCCCGGACCUCCCCCCCGUCAGGCACCCUCUCAUCCCGGUCCUCUCCGGUGACGUCGGCCCUCUCCCCGUCCUCCUGCUCCUCCUCCUCCUCCUCCUCCUCUCCCUCUGUCAUCACCUCCAUCUCCUCCUCCACAGGGGUGCCCACGGUGUUAACGCCGGGCCCCCUGGUGGCCUCGCCCUCCCGGGCCAGGGGCCAGCAGUUUUUGCACAUCAUCCACCCCGUCCCGCCGCCCUCCAGCCCCGUCAACCUCCACACCGGCAAGCUGCCCAGCCAGGUGCACCGCAUCCCUGUGGUGGUGCAGUCCGUGCCCCUGAUGUACACCGCCGUGCGCUCCCCGGGGAACAUCAACUCCACCAUCAUGCUACCUCUGCUGGAGGAAGGCCGGAGUCAGGGAAAAGCAGGGAAAGCGGACCCUAAUGGCCUGUCGCCGAAGCAAAUCAAAAGUGACAGCGACGAUGAUGACCUGCCAAAUGUGACCUUGGACAGUGUUAAUGAAACAGGAUCCAAUGCCCUCUCCAUAGCCAGAGCAGUACAAGAUUCCAUGUCACCGUUCAGUAUUGAGAGCCUGCGGCGUCCGCGGAGGUCCGAAUCUCCGGACUCGAAGAAGAGGCGGAUCCACAGGUGUGACUUCGACGGCUGCAAUAAGGUGUACACAAAGAGCUCCCAUUUGAAAGCCCACCGGAGGACACACACUGGUGAGAAGCCAUACAAGUGCACCUGGGACGGCUGCACGUGGAAGUUCGCCCGCUCGGACGAGCUGACGAGGCACUACCGCAAGCACACGGGCGUGAAGCCCUUCAAGUGUGCGGACUGCGACCGCAGCUUCUCGCGUUCCGACCACCUGGCUCUGCACCGCCGACGGCACAUGCUGGUCUGAGGACGAGGGGGGAGGGGCGGACCCCGCGAUCACGCGCGCGCCCGGACACGCGGAAGAGCUGGCUCUCUUCGGGCGCGGCGUUCAGCUGAGCUGGACGCAUUCCCACGUCCGUUCCGUGUCCUGGAGCGAGGGAUGAGUGAGGUGGACAGGCGGGCGUCCGGGAGUGCAGCCGGGGUCUGGCUCCCCGGAGCGUCCGAAGCCCCGGCCCAGAAGCCGCAAGAUUCUCGUGUGCGUGGAGUCAAAGAAGCUGUUCUUUUGUGCACUGUUUCAUACGUUUCUCUUAUAUCCGAAAGCAUUUUGCUCUUCAUUUGGACAAACAGGUAUUAAUGUCAGUAUAACCAUAAAAAUGUUUUCUCUUUCGGUUUGAAUAUGCAUUACUGUUUUGGUAUUGUACAAAAGGCUGCUUUUCUGCAUCUAUAAUGUGAAAGAACAAUACGGACAGAACUGCUGUGUUCACACAGGGACCCAGGUCAAUAUCAAGCCCCUGCAGCGCACGGCGGAACGGACAUCAGCAGGUUCCUCUAAGAACAGUAUUGUUGCACAGUGUAUCACAUUUCUCUGCCGCUCUCUGCUCCAGCACCUCACACGAAGUCUGCAAGAUAUUGGAUCGUUCCAUUGGAAAUAAUGUUCAGAGACAAUACUCCAAACGCUUGAACGAAUGGGACAGAGAUUCCGUGUCUGUCCUGUUCUAUGGACAGAAGUGGAGUGGAUUUUUGACCGCCUACAACCCAAUCAACCAGCUAAUGAGAUUAUGCCCUCAAAUGGGAAGGUAAUCAAGGAGUUACAUGUUUGUACACAUACUGCAUAUAUGUAUACACAUAUGUGCGUGUGGGUGUUUGUUUUCAUGAAGUGGAUUUUGAAGCACAUGAUCUUAAAUCGUGCACACCCCUGAAAGUGCACGUAAAUAUAAAGUUAUUAGAGGAGGCUUAGUCAGUAGUCCACAACUCUCCUCAUGGUGAAUUUUUUGAGCACCUACUUACUUACAAGUUUAUUUGUUUUUGAUUAUUCUUUGGUCUAGAAGAACGUUAUUGGUGCAUUCUGUGCUGUGAUUAGCAAUCCGUAAAGUGCAAUCUCAAUAAGUAAAUAUGGUUUUAAAUCUAUAUUAAAAACUUUCGUUGUUUUAUGUUAAUUAUAUCUUAA